AUGAAUUAAGACUCAUAAUUUUAAUAGAAAUAGGAUUUUAAAUGUAAAGAUCAUCCUGAAAAGCCUGCACUUUUUUGGUGUAAAUCAAUUGAUUGCAACGAGAAUAGAAUUUUCUGUCUCAUUUGUCAAAAGUAGAAUAAACAUAUUAAACAUUAUAAUGGAGAUGUCUUUAGUAUUGAUGAAUUAAAUGAAUUUUUAAUUGAAAAAUUAAAAUCAUCUAAAGGUUUCAUUUCAGAAUGUGAACUUUAAAUGCAAUCAAUAAUUAAAUCAUAUAAUAAACUCAUUUCUGGUUUAUAAUAUAAAUUCUGUGGAUUAGAAAAUAAAAUAAAUUAAUUUGAAGUUUAUUAAAAAUAAUAAGUUCUUGAUUCUUUGAUUAGAUAAGAUGAAUUUAUGAAGUAUUUGAAACAUAAUCUUGAGGGAAUUUAAUAAAAAUUUUAGAAAACCAUAGAUGAUCUUUUUAUUAAAUUAGAAUUACAUCUAAUUUAAUAUUAAAUAACUGAUUAAUAGAUUAAAUUGAAUCAAAAUGAAUAUCAAAAAGGUUAUUAUUCAUAUUUAUAUUCUUUUAGGUAUAUCUUUAAAUAUCAAAAAUGAAUAAAAUGAAGCAAUUUAAAUAUUUGAUAAAUUAUUAUUAAUUGAACCCUACAAUAUAGAAAUUAUGUAUUAAAAAGGUUAAUAAUUAUUAUUAAUUUAAGCAAAUUCAUUAAUUUAAUUAAAUAAGUUAUAGGAUGCAUAAUAAAUCUACUAAGAAAUAAUUUCAAUUAAUCCAAAACAUGAAAUAUCUUUAUAAAAAUUGGGUAUUUUGAUAAUUAUAAUAUUAAGGUGAUAUCUUAUUAAAUUAAAAGUUUUAUUUGUAAGCUUAAAAGUAUUAUGAAAAAUGUAUUUCAAUAAAUUUAAAUAAUUCAAUAGUCUAAUUUGGAAUAGGUUUUAUUUUUAUUAAUUAUCUUAAGGGGAAUGUUUAAGAUAAACUUAUUAAUAUAAUCAUGCUUUAUAAUACUAUCUAAAAGCCAUUUAAUUAGAUUCAUCUAAUAAAGAAUUUUUUUAUUAUUAUGGUAAAAUUUCAAUGGAUGAUCUGAUUAAUGCUCUUUUAAGAAAGAAACAUCGGCUUUAUCUAAAUAAAGAUACAAAUAUAAUGCUAACAAAGCUCGAUAUUUUCAUAGGCAAUAAGACAGAUCUAUUCCGUUAAGUGAUAAAUUUAAUCUCCUUAAGAUGCUUAUCACAGACUGAGAAUCUAAUAACAAAUGAGAUGAUAGAUUAACUCUGCAAUUCUGAGUUUAGUACAAUUCGCAAGCUCUAAAGAUAAAAACAUAGAGGAUAUACAUAUAUUGUUUGA